UUGGGAGGGAAAAAAAUCUGGACAUGGAACAUCGCUUCUCCAGCAGCGAGACCAUAUUUAGCACUGUAAAGCGAAAGCCCUAGCACUCGCUCAGACAUGGCCAUUUCGCCAAUGGCGUUGAGUUCGUCUUUUAUCCACUACUCUCCUCUCCAUUCCAAUAGAACUCACCGACUGUCUGCUGUACCCUCAAUUCAUACUCCCAAAAUUGUUCUGAAAAACUCAAGGCAUUGCUUUUCUACAAUCUCUUGCUCUGGUAGGAAGCCAAUCCCGACGACGGAGGAAGAGGUUCUUCAAGCCGUGUUGGAAUCCGAUGAGAAGAUUCUUCCUUGCGUUCGGACGUACGAGAAUGAUUUGUCUCGGCUUACUCUGGUCGGAGGCGUCGAUUUCCGACAGUCUGUUACGGCAGCUGCGGCUGACGGCGGUGAAGCCGCCUCUGAGCACCUUGAUUCUGGCAUGUCUGCAAUGGUUGUGGAGACUGUAUUUCCGGGAACUUCAGACGAGCAAAGCACGGUCUCGACCCGGCUGUUUUUACCUGCCAGAGAAGUCGAGGAAAAGGCUAGGAAUCUCAAAAAGUCUCUCGCUCAAGAUUUUAAUUUGAGUACCUCAUCCAAAAAUAUACUUGCUAUGACAUUUAGACAAGUAGUAUUGCAACAGCUCUGGAGCUUUGAACUGGUUAUCUUUAUACCUGGAUCUGAAAGGAAUAUGGAAGAUCUUGAAAAUCCAAGAGAGGUUCCAAUGUCUUUCACUCUCAGUUCAUCUGAGGAACGAGUCAUCUCUGUACUUGCAGAAGCUGUUUGCUUGUGCGCUCUUCGAAAUACAGAAGGAAAAUUUGUCAAUGGUACAGCAAGUGGAACUUCAACUAGAUUUUUUGAUUGGUUCCGGAAGUCCACAAUUGUUGCAUCAAAGGAUUCUUCAGUUAUUAUCUACAAGUUAUUGGACAACGAGGUAGCUGAUGCCAAAAGUCUAUUACAAAAGUUUAAUUCAAAUAAGAAGAGCUGGAAACGUAGGAAUUUCCAAUCGAAGAACUAUUGGUGGAUGCCUUCUGAACUCUCUGAACUAGAAAAAAUCGGUGGGGCUGAAUUCAGUGCAUGGGCUAGCGAGUAUGUACCUUCUUACAGGCUACAAAUUGAUGCUCGUCAGUUCAAUGGUUUAAAAUUUGGAGGCUGGAGAGAAUCUGCUGAGAAUAGGUGGGAAGUCCUUUUGACCCACUCCCAAAUGGUAGGAUUGGCGAACAUAUUAGACAUUUUCUAUGAAGAUGUAUAUUCUCUGCCCGAUAAACUACUGCAAUGUGGUGCAAUCGUGCAUUCUGCUAACUUGUUAAACAAAAAGAGAAACUAUUCCUCCUGGGGGUUUCUAUCCAAGACUUUAGCUGGUGGAAUUUUUUUUGUUACUAUUGUUGCUGUUGGUCAAUAUUUUUUGCCUCGCGUUCAUGUGUCUGGGAGGUAUACUGUAGAACAGCCGGUUUCAUCACUUUAUGGAGUUAGCUCUGUGAAAAAUCAGGCUAUAGAAGCAGAAAAGUUGGAAGAAUACUGCAUCUCAGUUGUAAAUAUUAUAAAGGAUGCUGUCGGUUGGCAUGGUGAUGUACACACAGAUAAGAGAGUUGGUGCGUGGAUUGGGGAAGCUCCUGAUUACUUGAGGGUGGUUGAAUCUGAUACAGGUAGUGAAGAUACUUCAUCGGGUACGAUAGAACAAGAUAAUGUUGGAGUGAAAGCUUCUGCUCAGGACAUAGCUAGUUAUCAGGUGGUCUUGUCGACUGAAGGAAAGAUUGUAGGAUUCCAACCAACCAGUCGGGUUGCUGUUAACUAUUGGGCUGCAAAUCCUUUAGCAAAACAAUUAUAUGGCGGGAGGAAUUUGUCCCCGGGCCUUUUUGAAUCUGGGUUAAGGAUCAGACGCCCGAAUGAGGUGAUUGUGAUAGAGUUGCUAUUGUCGGUGAAAACUGAUGCUUACUUUGCUUUGGCAAGGCCCACAUAUUAGUCAAUACCCCGAGUUCGCAGGCAGCAGUAUUUGAUUUGCAGGAACGCCAUUCUCAACAUAAAAUUUGGAUAUUUAGAUACUAAUGCCGCUCCUGGAUAAUCUUACAGGCUUCCAGCCCCUCCUAAAGAAGUUGCCACCCCAUGCAUGCAUUUCGCUCAAAUCUCCUCAAUGUCGUCAAUAUAGAUAGUCAUUCAGAUAGCGUUGAAAAUUUUGUAUUAAUGUUGUCCAGAUUAGUUUUCCUGUUUAAUAAAUACAGAUGCUACAAGCAACUGUAUGUAUUACUGUGACACAACUCAUGUAAGACAGACGAUUGGGUCCAGAGAAGCAUGAGACAUCUGCUAAAGCUAGAUUUAGCCUAUUUGCAAA